CACACCGAGAAGACCAGAACAAUCAGACACCUCCUUUGGACAGAGGACACCUUCUCCAUCCCUGACAAAAGCUGCUCCUGGUAGUGAAACCCCAAGAGAGAAACGGAGCCAGGGGCAAGCUCCCCAACACACUGAUGGGCCCAGGAGGACUCUCCAAGUGGGUGGACACUCACCGUCUGUUUCCCUGGAGCGAGGCAGCACGCCUACCUCACCUUAUUCCGUCCCACAAAUUGCCCCCCUUCCCAGUAGCACGCUCUGCCCUAUAUGCAAGACAACGGAUCUCACCUCCUCUCCUAACCAGCCAAACUUCAAUACCUGCACACAGUGUCACAACAAGGUCUGCAACCAAUGUGGAUUCAACCCCAACCCUCAUCUGACCGAGGUUAAAGAAUGGCUAUGUUUAAAUUGCCAGAUGCAGAGAGCUUUGGGAAUGGACAUGACCACAGCACCCCGCUCCAAAAGUCAGCAGCAAUUACAUUCUCCUUCCCUUUCUCCUUCCCAUUCCCCCGCCAAACAGCCACAACCACAGCCACAAGCGUCAACAGGACCAGAGAAACAACCCAGAACUAUGCAGCCAGGGCCCAGGCCAAGUGCUGCAACCAUGCAGCCUCCAUCCCCCAAACAUCCCCCAGUCUCACCCCAGAGAGAACCACCCAGCCAAGUCCAGCCAAAACCUGCUGCUCCUCAGGAAGUGAUGAAGUCUUCCCCUCAGCAUCAACAAGCAAAGCCUUCAUCCAUUGAUCAGAGAAAGAUUGUAGGAGACUCCCCAGCUAAGACUCCGGUCCCUCCUCCCAGUGCUGUGGGGGCUCAAGAACAAACCCAAGAGGGCCUCACUGGGAAGCUUUUUGGAUUUGGAGCUUCCCUCCUGACCCAGGCAAGCACACUCAUGUCUGUCCAGCCAGAGGCCACUCCACCAAGUCAACAGUCUCCUGGCAAAGUGCCUCCAAAAAUUGUCUUCAGUGAUGCCAGCAAAGAAGCUGGCCCUAAGGCUCCAAGCACUGGACCUGGAACGCAGAGUAAGCCUGGAACUGUCCCAGCUGCAAAGCAAGCGAAAGCAGAACAAGUAACCAAGCCAAAGGAAGUGCCGAAAGAAAGGGUUUUAUGCCCCCUCUGCAAAGCGGAGAUAAACGUGGGCUCUGGAGAGCCCUCCAAUUAUAAUACCUGCACAUCCUGUAAGCAGCAGGUCUGCAACUUGUGUGGAUUCAACCCAACACCUCAUGUGGUAGAGAAAAACGAAUGGCUGUGUUUGAACUGCCAAACUCAGAGGCUACUAGAAGGAAGCCUAGGAGAUCCUGCUCCAAUGCCACUGCCCACUUCAAAACAACAGCCAACUGGAUCCCCCCGGCACCAAGCUGGAGGUCAGCAACAGAGAGGAGCCCAACACCAUGAACCAUCAAUUGCUAAAGACAGGCAUCCGGCACAUUUCAGGACUUCAGAACAAAGCAAAUUACCAAUUGCCACAACCCCCCAAAAAAUGCCUCCUGCUCCAUCUGAAGAAAAGCCACUGCCCAAAUUAGCUGAAGAGUCUCCAAAACCUUCUGAAAGUCCAUUGUCAAAAGGGAAAAUUACAGCUUCAAAACCAGAAAGAGAUAUCAAAGACACCACAGUUGUAUCUGAAUCUCAGAAAACAAGAGAGCAAGAGGACUCCAGCAAGCCUUAUCCCUCAGACCUGCAGUCCCGCAGCCCCCAAAGCUUGAGUGAUACGGGCUACUCAUCUGAUGGGAUCUCUAGUUCCCAGAGUGAAAUCACAGGCUUAGUGCAGCAAGAAGGAGAACAACUAAAUGAAACAGGAAUUGUGGAACCAAGUUCUCCCAGUCCUUCUGAACUUACUAAGCUGGAAACCAGCAUGCGCCCUUUACUGGAGUCAAAGAGCUUGGCCCAUCCAUCGGCUGACCGAGGGAAGACAUACCAUGAAUUACGGGAGGAGCAGAGGCAGAGACAGAGGCCACGGUCACUGUCUAUCACUCCAGAAGCCUUUGAUUCCGAUGAGGAGCUAGAAGACAUAAUGGAAGAAGAUGAAGACUCUCUGGAAUGGGAUAAUCAAAGGGAGAAGAAGGACAGCGUGGAGUCUUCAGAUGAUUAUGGCAGCAAGCUACGCCAUGACUACGUGACAGAUAGUAGUGAAGCAGGAUUCUCCCCGGUACCAACGAAACAGAAAGGCAAAGAGCCUGUAAUGACGGAUGAAGAAUUCAUGAGGAGGCAAAUCUUGGAGAUGAGUGCAGAAGAAGACAAUCUUGAGGAGGAAGAAGAAUAUGAUCGUGCAAAAUACAGUACAAAAAAUGGACACAAGCUUGAUUCUGAGAAAAGCAGAGAGCCUACUCCAUCCAAGAGACGCCUGCCUCACAGCUCGAGCAGCAUAUAUGAGGAGGAACAAAAAGAAUUGGAAAGCGCCAAAGAUGAUGAUAUGGCUGCAUCUCAGGGAGGUCUGCGUCGUUUCAAGACCAUUGAGUUAAACAGCACAAACAACUAUGGCAGAGACAUGGAGUUGAGCCAGGAGGCAGAUAUCAAUCUGGACAGAGAACCUGAACUGGAGAUGGAGAGCCUCACAGGCUCCCCAGAAGAUAGAUCAAGAGGUGACUAUUCCUCCACCUUGCCACCAACCACACCCAGUUACACCUCAGGAACAUCCCCAACCUCGGUCUCUUCUCUGGAGGAAGACAGUGACAGCAGCCCAAGCCGGAGACAGAGAUUAGAAGAGGUUAAACAGCAGAGGAAAGCCCGGCAUCGCUCUCAUGGCCCUCUAUUGCCAACCAUUGAAGAUUCCUCAGAGGAAGAAGAGCUGCGUGAGGAAGAGGAGCUCUUGAGAGAACAAGAAAAAAUGCGAGAGGUGGAGCAGCAGCGGAUCCGAAGCACAGCACGCAAAACAAAAAGAGAUAAAGAAGAGCUGAGGGCACAGAGGAGGAGAGAGAGGUCUAAAACGCCGCCCAGUAAUUUGUCACCUAUUGAAGAUGCUUCACCCACUGAGGAAUUGCGUCAGGCUGCAGAGAUGGAGGAGUUGCACAGGUCUUCCUGUUCAGAAUAUUCACCCUCCAUUGACUCGGAGGCUGAAGGAUUUGAUGUCAUUGCCUCCAAACUGUACAAAUCUGGCAGUGAGUACAAUCUGCCAACCUUCAUGUCCCUUUAUUCUCCAACAGAAAAAAUGGCUAGCUCUGGUUACCCAUCCAACAAGCCCCUCAAAAGUGCAGAAGAAGCCUAUGAAGAGAUGAUGAGGAAGGCAGAAAUGUUCCAAAAACAACAACCUUUCCAACAAAGUAUUUCAUACAACAACACCUUUCAAGAAGUAAGUUAUCGUGGUUCGGAAGACCAAAACAAUUUUGAAUAUCAGUACAUCGAUGACUAUGGUUAUGACAGUCGGAGUGUGGAUUCCUCGCAAACUGACUAUCAGAAUGAGCUUUCCAAAUCUGGGGCACUAUAUGAAGAAAUCCUUCAAACAUCACAGAAUAUCUCCAGGAUGCAUCAAUCUUCUUCUCUGGAUUUGACAGUUGAGCAAGAAAUGAAGAAAAAAGGGAGAGAAGAUCCCUAUCCAGAGAAGCAGUUUUUGAAUGCUGAGAGUGCUUAUGAAAGUGGCCCACUCACUCCAGGAACAAGUCCUACCCAACUCUCUGCUCCCGUCUCCUUUUCACAGACUGAAAGCAGCGCAGGCAGAAUAAUCCCUGAUGUUAGAGUCACUCAGCACUUUGAAAAAGAGAGCAAUGAGCAAACAAAGUUUCAAAGUUCCUCAGUUACAGCUAGCUCAGUUCCAAAGAGUGUAGCUAUGCCUUACUCAUAUAGUAAAGGAACUAGCCAAGUCACUACCAUUGUUUCUAGUUCAGCUAGCGCAACCCGAAUUUACGGCUCUCCAACUUCAAGUGGCUCUGAUGUAUCACCUGUGUCCACCAUUAGCCAAAGCCAGACAAAAGUAACUGCAAGUUAUGGUUCUCAAACAGAAAACAUUCCCAGGAUCAGUGGGCCGUCAGUAAGAGAUAAGCAUCAAGGUGUGACUGAUGGCAGCACAAAUGUACCCAUGUCAACCCCCAAAAUGUACUCUUUUUACAAAAGUUCCAGUCCACCCCUUUCCCCUUCUUCUCCUACUCAAAGUCCUACUUAUUCUGUUCCCAGAACUGGGAUGCCAUCUAGUUCCGGGGUAGGAGCUAGAUCAACGGCUGAGUUUUCUACUCAAACACACAGCACAAUUAUUUCGUACGACAUUGCAACUACUGGGGCAUCAACAGAUUCUCCAAUGAUAGCUCAAGGAACACAAACUCCUCACCGAGCCAGCUCCCCACGCCUGGCUAGGCAACAGUCAUCACAAGAAGCCCCCUUUAUGGUCAUCACCUUAGCGUCUGAUGCAGCUAUUCAAACCAAGCCAAUUGGUGUAAGCUCCUCCAUUUCACCACCUUCAUCUCCAACUCAGCAAGGCCGCCAGCAAACAGUGCAUAGUUACAGCCAAACAGCAAUCAAUGCAGUGCAAUUCCAGUCACAGCAGGUCCAGACCACUCACACCAAGACACAGCCAAUGCCUGAAAAAGUCUCUCCUUAUACUCCAGGGCAGAAAAUGCAGAGCACUGCUACUGACCCUAUGCCUGGUGUGUAUAGCUGGGGCACAUUACCUGCAGAGAAUAUCUCUUUGUGUAGGAUAUCCUCAGUCCCUGGGACAUCUAGAGUAGAACCUGGACCUAGAGCAUCUGGUACUAAUAUUGUCGAUUUGAGGACAGCAAUAAAGUCUGUUCCAAUCAUUGUAACAGACUACGGAAUGGAUCUCACGUCUUUAGCUGCUGAGAGCAGAAAAUAUUGCCUCACCAUGGACCAGUCACCGAGUCGGCAAUCCACAGCUAUCCAACCUUUAAUCAUUAACCUCAAUGCCCAGGAACAACCACAUGCUAUUAUCAGCAGUGCCACCACUGUCAGCAUAACAGUUGCGUCUACCAUGCUUAUGUCCCAAUCAAAGCAACCAGUUGUCUAUGGGGACCCUUUCCAGAACAGAAUUGACUUUGGACAAGAGACAGGAAGUCCAGUCUGUCUGACCCAAAUUAAACAGGUGGAGCAAGCUGUUCAGACCGGUCCCUUUAGAGGACCCAUGAGUGGAGCUGGCACAUCUGCUUCUAUGGGCCGUCCAGAAGCAGCAGGUCCACAGCAAACAAAAUUUGCAAGAUACAAUUUGCCCAACCAAAUGGCACCCAUGGUAAAAAAAGAUACACUAAUUACUCAGACUAGCAAUGCCCAAAAUAUUGUGAGUGCCAUUCCCAGGCCGUUUCCUCAGGAUCAAAGCUCAGAGCUCUAUAGAGGGAUCCCAGUGGACCUGAAAAGUCAGACUCCUUCAGUUGGAAGUAAGAAGUCCCAAGUGAUGAUGGUGCAGAUGGAUGACAUAGCAGCAGGGUCUGUCACAAAACUCAUCAAAGAAGAACCUCCUCCUCCUAAUGCUCUGGACCUCACAGGAAUGAAGCCUGAGAGCCAAGUAGCAUGCUGUGAUGUAGUCUACAGAUUUCCAUUUGGAAGCAGCUGCACUGGGGCUUUUAAUCCAUCUCCUAAGGUGCCAGAAAAGCAUGUUGGAGAAGCAGCUCCCCUUGGCAAAGCUAGUGGCCAGUAUUAUGGAACCAGAGAACAGGAAAUGCCGGAGACAUACUCUUACAGAGAACAGCCGGCACCGGUCCCUCAGCAGUACGAAGAGCACCGAUUCCAUCCGCACGGCAUGUUUGGGAGAUUAUAUUCCUCAAUGUCGGAUACAAAUCUUUCUGAAAUGGGGUUGAAUUAUUACUCAGUUAAAGGGGAGCAGCCCUUCCCUUCCCCUGCUGGAGAUUCCGCUGUGGACUUGUCAACUAUGAAGCAUCCCUACAACCACAGUUUUACGGAGGGAGGACAUCUAGGACAUGGGCUGCAAUAUGGCUCUUUCACUGACCUCCGACAACCCACUGAAUUAUUAAGUCAUUCGUAUCCCAUGCGAAGGUACAGCUCAGCCUCCAAUAUCUACUCUGAUUAUAGAUAUUCAUCAAGAGGAGACUUGGCCAAUUUCCAGGAAGCUAGCCUGGCUCAUUACAGUGCUACCACUGCUCGUGAAAUCAGCCGAAUGUGUGCAGCCCUUAACUCCAUGGACCAGUAUGGGGGCAGGCAUGCGAACAGCCAAGAUCUUCUACAAUAUGGACAUGGUGCUCUUGGAGCUGCACCAGGAGGGACUGGAAACAUUAUGGCUCAACAGGGUGGCAUGAAACCAAACAUGAUGUACAAUCCAAAUUUCCCAGAGUCUCGUUCUGGCUUUGGAAACUUGGCCCAAUAUAAUCUCUCAAGGUUUGGAUCUGUCAGACAGGUACUCCCUUCCACAGCCACUGUACGAGCUGCCGACGGCAUGAUUUAUUCAACCAUUAAUACACCAAUAGCAUCAACCCUCCCCAUCACCACCCAACCAGUUUCGGUGCUACGGCCCAUGCUCCGAGGCCUGUACAGGCACUAUGCUCCGGGCAGUAUCACAGCUGUCCCUCUGGCUAGCCUCACCAGAGUACCGCUAGGUCCUCCUAGGAUCCCCCUUGCAUCUCAAGGUCUUUAUCGCUAUACUGUGCCCAGCAGGAUUCCUGCAGUUCCUUCUGCAUCUGUAAUGGAAACACCCAUGUAUUUAGGAAAACCACUUAGCACCACUGCAGCCAGCACUGCUGCCAGCACAGUAAAUGUAGCACCUGCUACUAAGUCCUCUGCUCCAAGCACAGUCGGCUUGCAAAGACCUGAGCAGGCGGGGGUUGGCCCACGCGAGGAGAUGCCUGUGUCAACCUCAGAGGUUCAGGGUCCCACCAGGGACACCAGCCAGACACAACAGGAGGUACCUCCCCGACUGCCAGCCCAAAAGCCUCCGACAGAAGCCCCACAGGCUAGCAAAAGAGCCAUGGAAAGAGAAGAAAAGGAAAAGGAGGAAGAACGGCAGAGGAAGCAACAUGAGCACAUCCUCCAGUUCGAAAGGGAAAGAGUGGAACUGGAAAAACUGAGGCAGAUGAGGCUUCACGAGGAACUGGAAAGGGAACGGGUGGAGCUACAGAGACACAGAGAGAAGGAACAGCUCUUGAUGCACAGGGAAAUGCAGGAGUUGCAAUCCAUAAAGCACCAGGUCCUCCAGCAGCAGCAAGAGGAGAGACAGGCCCAGUUCGCCCUGCAGCGGGAGCAGCUCGCCCAACAGCGCUUGCAGUUAGAACAAAUCCAGCACUUGCAGCAGCAACUGCAACAGCAGCUGGAAGAGCAGAAGAGGCAGAAGGGCACCUUUCCUCCAGUAUGUGACCCAACCGGCCGGAUUCCUCCUCAGGCUGCCCCUGAGGUAACAAUAGAAAUGCAAAGGACCUUGGCUCAAAACGGACAAUACUGGCCACCCCUAAACCAAGCCUUUAUUGCUUCAGCACCCCCGGGGCAAGACGGACAAGCACAGCAUCGCUAUCCAGGAUUCCAAAGGCCUCUUACAAACUCAGCCUCUGAAAUGUCCCUGCAGACUGAAGAACAGUGGGAAGCUGGUCGGGGGAUAAAAAAACGGAACUCAAUGCCUCGUCUUCGGGACGCGUAUGAUAAGGAGCCCAGCCAUGAACCCUACUUGGUGAAAAAGAUCACAGACAGCAGCGUGCAGACUGAUGAAGAAGAUGGCGAGGAACGUUUCUAUGCAUCCCGGCGGCGCCGUCCUCGGCGUAGCACUGAUUGCAGUGUUCAGACAGAUGAGGAAGACGAUGCCGAGUGGGAACAGCCGGUGCGUCGCCGACGUUCCCGCUUCUCCCGCCACUCUGAUUCUAGUGCCGAGAGUAAAGCCGAUUCUUCAGCAAAAGGCAUGGCCAGCAUAGCCAUCCAAACCAUCAGUGACUGUUCUGUGCAGACUGAACCCGACCAGUUGCUCCGAGUGUCCCCUUCCAUCCACGUCACUUCCCACGACCCCAAGGUGGAGAUCGUGAAGUACAUCUCUGCCCCUGAGAAGACCCAGAGAGGGGAGAGUUUGGGUUGCCAGACAGAACCCGAAGCGCAGCCCCAGCCUGGCAUUGCCAUCCCUCAGCUCACGGUGCCCACCUCAAUCCCUCCUUACUCCUCCAACAUCCAGAUGGUCAGCUCUGGGCCUCUGGAUCCUCAUUCAGUCCGACAGCAAGCACUAGCCAAGAAGAAGCCUGUUCCUCUCGAAAUUGGCUACCAAUCCCACUUGCCCACAGACUCCUUGUCUCAGCUUGUGUCCCGACAGCCCCCCAAGUCCCCUCAGGUCCUCUAUUCCCCCGUGUCUCCCCUCUCCCCUCAUCGGUUGCUAGAGUCAUCCUUUGCUUCCAGUGAAAGGCUCAACAAGGCCCACGUGACUCCACAGAAGCAUUUCAUGGCUGAGUCCACCCAGCGCCAGCAGACCCUGCCUCGCCCCAUCAAAACCAUCCAAAGGUCUUUAUCUGACCCUAAGCCCAUCAGUCCCACCUCAGAGGAGUCUGCAAAGGACAGGUUUUCCUUGUACCAGCACGCCUUCCUGCCCGGCAGCCAGAUCCAGCAAUUAUGGCAGUUUCUCCUCCUUUCUGUUGUGGGUCUGGGUACAAUGCUUCUACACAAUGAGGGACAUUCCUAA